AUGGAACCCUCAGAGCAUCCAGAAACCUCGGCCUCUUUUCAAAUGGCCAAUGAGCAUCUAGACCUGCUAUCCACACAGACUGAUAUGGACCUGUUUUCUGAGCACACUGACAUGGGCCUGCUGCCUGCUCAGACUGAUGUAGGCCUACUGUCUGCACAGAGUGAUAUGGACUUGCUGCCUGCUCAGACUGAUGUAGACCUACUGUCUGCACAGAGUGAUAUAGACCUGCAGCCUGUACAGACGGAUAUGGAGGUGGCCUACACUGGCUCACUGGGAACAGAGGGACACAGUGGGGAGCAGCAGGCCCUUGACGAGUUGACAACCUUUCUUACCCAAUCUGAAAGAGAGAGGCUGAAAACUCAGGACAGCUUGAGCAUCCUGGGGGACCCAGACUCACUGGAACUGUCCAAAGCCCAGGUGGAGGACUUUUACAGCCGCACAGUCCUUCCAGAACCAUCAGACUUUCAGGAACCCUCAGUCUUUCCAAUUCCCUCCGUCCUUCCAGAGCCCUCCGUCCUUCCAGAAUCCUCAUACCUUCAAGAACCUUCAGGCUUCUCAGAAUCCUCAGUCUAUCCAGAACCCUCAUACCUUUCAAAACCCUCAGACUUCCAAGAGCCCUCCGGCCCAGCCACAGGCCUCAGUCAGGAUGAGUGGGGCAGGCAGGGUCACACAGAAGCCUGGUCAGAAAUGGGAGCUGAGCCAGGGACAGACAAGCUGGAGGUCACCGUGGGAACUCCGACCGUAACUGGGACACAGAUGCCAGAGACAGGAGAGGAGCAAAUGGACAUAGUGCAUGAAGAUCCCACUGCAUCUGCUCAAGAUGACGUUGAUCCAAAUAUGCCUUCUAUAGUCAGCGUAGAGAGUUCACACUCUGAGGAUGGUCCAGGCAAAGAGGAAGCCUUAUCAUUCUAUGGAUUGGUGCCAAAGGUAGAAGGCACAGCAGAGAAAAAGAGUGAGAAAGAACAGCCAGUGGGGGGCAGUAUGUCCCCACUAUCAUCCUGGGCCCAGCCAUUGACACCAGGUGAAGGUGUGUGUAGUAAGGAACCGUUGUUUUUAGGCUCAUAAGUUUAUACAUUUAUGUAACAUAUAGAAGUCUCAGUGCCACAGAAAUAGUUUGAGAAUGAUAAAGGGAAAUGCAAAACUUGAUUUAGGCAUAAUUACACAUAUUUGAGAAACGAUUAGCAAUCACUUCUUCAAAUAGCCAUGUCAGUUCACAUAGUCUGCAUCUCCUAUGUCAUGAACAGCCUUUAGUUACUGAUGAUCGAUUGUGUUUGUUUCAGCUGAGGAACAACCUGAAACUGAGGUCGCCGUCGAGGAUCCAAAUAGUCAAAAGACUACGGUAAAAAAACAACUUUCCAUUAAUUCUAGACAUUUUCUUUAAAAGUAAGUUAAUUACUGUUAGUUACUCUUCUCAUUUAUUGUAGGGGAGAAAGCGAGGUCGUCGUAAUCGUGGAGAAGUGAGGAAAAAUACACAAAACAUGUCUGAUGGAGGUAAAACAUCAGUUCUUUGUAAAGCUGCUUAUGUUUAGCUAAUUAAUUUACCUCAGUCUCAACAACUAUCAUUAUGUAUGACUAUUUGCCCAAUUAUAUGAUUAUCACACUGCUCUAAAUGCAUUGUCUUCUGCUGCAGACCAGCUAACAGACAGCGGUUCUGACGAUGCAGCUGAUGAUCCGAGGGACACAGACUUUGACCCCGCACGGUUUGGCCUCCGGCGUUCCACCAGGGUCUCCCAAAGGAGCCAGAGCACUCCGUCCCCCCGCCUCAUUUCCCCGAAGCUGUCUGGUCCUGCCUCUACCCCUGCGUACACUCAGAGGUCUGGAGGACCCCCUCCACCCCGGCCGCCACCCCCUCGCCAGCCUACCAGGGUCCUCUGUGCCAACUGCAGUGGAAUUCUGCAGAGCGGACAGACAGCCUACCAGCGCAGGGGUCAGCCUCAGCUAUUCUGCAGCUCCACCUGCCUUAACUCCUUUGGCAAGAAAGCCCCCAAGAAAAAGCCCUGUGCUUUCUGUAAAAGGUAAGCUUCUCAAUAGAUAUUCAAUUAAUGUGUUCUUAGUUUCUGCUAUUCCUUCCAGGAAGGACAGUGGAUUUAUAACAAAUUCCUCAUGCUAUUUCAUAGUAAACUAAGUGUUAACAUUGUGCAUUGUUUUGAUCUCAACAAUAUUUGUGAAAUGUACCUUAAGGUUUGUCUCUUCUAUUUUAGGGACAUGGGUAAUAGAAAGGACACCAUGCUUGCACAGGUUGGCCAGUCACAGGCCUUCCAAGAAUUCUGCAACAGCACUUGUCUUUCCCUGUAUGAGGCCCGGCUGGAGAAGGGCCCGACACAGCCCCCCAAACCAAGUGCCCCUGCCCAAAGAUGCAGUGUGUGCAACCUAAUGCGUGAGGUACCAAAGCUUUGGCCAUAACAUUUUAGAUUAUGUGCUCCCAGCCAAUUGGCUGCAUGUUCAACUAAAUAGUGUUAGGGUGUCUCAAUAGGAGGAAACUCCAGUAGACAGUAGGAUGAUUAUUUAAAGGCCCAGUGCAGUCAAAAACAUGAUUUCCCUCUGUUUUAUAUAUAUUUCCACACUAUGAGGUUGGAAUAAUACUGUGAAAUUGAGAGAAAAAAAUGAUAAUGUCCUUUUAGUGUAAGAGCUGUUUGAAAAGACUGCCUGAAAUUACUGCCUAUUUUGGUGGGAUGGAGUUUUGGCCUGCCUUAGUUAGUGGCACUGAAAGCGUUUUAACUAAUUUGCAGAUAUGAAACAGACAAUCAGAAUAUCAGUAAAAAAAAGUAUCAAAUUCCCAGUUUAUUCUUAAAAAAAACUACUUUAAAAAUAGGUUCUAUUUGACAGAAAAUGCCAUGACAUAGAGUAAGGCAUUGUUGGCAGAAUAGACAGAUGCAGUUCAAUGCAUGAUCAAUAUAAUUCACCAAUACAUUUCUUGGUAGCAACAAAUAUUGCUAUCAGGUUGUACAUCACAGCUGGCCUGGUACAUUGUUUGCUUCCUCCAACCAUUGGGGAUGCACUGUUUCCGUUUCAAUAUGACUCAAUAUCUUGGACCAAAACAGACAAAUGUAAGUAAGGCCAGGAAUGUCAAUACAAUCAAACUAGCAAGGGCAAUGAUCACAAGUCAGUCAUAAGUGGCUAAUAGGCUAGCUUAACUAUUUAUGUUGCUAUGUAUUUAUCAAGCUAAAAACGCGGAGCCUAACAUUAGCUAGCUAGCUGCUGGGAUGAUGUUAUGUCAUUGGACAGUGGGCGAGUGGCCAACUUUUUCCCCCAAUAUCGUUUUUCUGUGGCUACAGCUAAAGAUGCAGGUGUCAUUUGGUUAGCUAGCAAGAAAUGUAAAUCACUUUGCUAGCUAGCAAUGCUGAACUUGAACGACUGUUAUCCACAGUUAGCAUAUCUCUUGGUUGUCAAUCAAAUGUAUUUGGCAUCGAUCAAAUGGGCGGGCAGGCAAGUUCCUAUUUAGUUGUUAAAACGUGGGUUGGGACAAGCAUGCAUUGGCAGGCAAGCUGCAGAAGGGCGAUCAGGCUACUUUCCCCCCAUCGUUUAUCAGUGCACUACAAGCUGAAAAAGUUUGAGGGUUUAUCUACUGUUCCCUCAUUAGAUUUUAGCUCAGCUCUCUGGCUGACAUUAGUUGUUGAUCUUGUUGUUUUUGAUGUACAUAGGCAACUGAGGGAGAGAGAGCCUACCUUUUCAUGGUUGUUUGAUCAGUAGGACUGUAAAGUUCCCAAAUGUAAGAGGACUCCCGUGGUAUUUACAUAUUUGCAGAAAUCCAUUCAGGUGUAUUUUGUGGCUUUCUAAUGAGCUAAAUUCGUACUGUUGCUACUGCCUGUAAACACACAGUCCAGUUCAAAGUGAAUGAUGGCAGGCCCGUGUGGCAAAUGGCUUAUUUGCAUAUAGUCCUACUGUAGCUCUGAUUGGCUAUGGUGCACCAGUCUGUGUAGAGUCCAGUCCUGGACAAGACACAUGUUUUUAUUAGGUUUUAUUUACUGCAAUGUCUAUUACAGGGGUACUCAACUACUAUUUGAGAAGGUCCAGUGACACAAAUUUCCUAUGUGUCAAAAGUCUGGAUGGAUAUCAUCCUUUAUCGGCGCUGUGGUACAGCGUAGUAACAAACAUAGUCGUCUGCGACUUAGGAAACAUGUUGUUAUAUUAACUGUACAUUAAAUUCAUUAAAUGAGAUGCAUCAACAUUGCUGAAGAACAAAAGUGGUUGCAUAAUUGUCUAUGCAAAAAGUGCACUGUGAACCAUUGUACAUGGGCCUUAAAUUCAAAAAUAUAUAUUUAAAUAAAAUAAAGUGCAUGUUUUCUGGAGAACAAAGGAGAGCUGAAAAAAAAUAAUAAUCUGAAUGCACAGAACGUCACUGUGGGCCAUACAAUAUUAAUGUCAAAGUCACUGUGCCUUGCCCUUGCAUCAAUGAGAGAAAUUACACUUUGUCUCCUGCCAAUGCUUUGAACUUUGGCGCAAAUGGUGUGAGAGCAACGCUGAGACGCUGGUACAGGUGUUCAUUGGUGAGCCUGGUGUGGUAUUUGUUUUUAAUAAAGUUAAUUGUGUAGAAGGCUGAUUCACAGCUGUACAGUGGGGGAAAAAAGUAUUUAGUCAGCCACCAAUUGUGCAAGUUCUCCCACUUAAAAAGAUGAGGCCUGUAAUUUUCAUCAUAGGUACACGUCAACUAUGACAGACAAAUUGAUGAAAAGAAAUCCAGAAAAUCACAUUGUAGAAUUUUUAAUGAAUUUAUUUGCAAAUUAUGGUGGAAAAUAAGUAUUUGGUCACCUACAAACAAGCAAGAUUUCUGGCUCUCACAGACCUGUAACUUCUUCUUUAAGAGGCUCCUCUGUCCUCCACUCGUUACCUGUAUUAAUGGCACCUGUUUGAACUUGUUAUCAGUAUAAAAGACACCUGUCCACAACCUCAAACAGUCACACUCCAAACUCUACUAUGGCCAAGACCAAAGAGCUGUCAAAGGACACCAGAAACAAAAUUGUAGACCUGCACCAGGCUGGGAAGACUGAAUCUGCAAUAGGUAAGCAGCUUGGUUUGAAGAAAUCAACUGUGGGAGCAAUUAUUAGGAAAUGGAAGACAUACAAGACCACUGAUAAUCUCCCUCGAUCUGGGGCUCCACGCAAGAUCUCACCCCGUGGGGUCAAAAUGAUCACAAGAACGGUGAGCAAAAAUCCCAGAACCACACGGGGGGACCUAGUGAAUGACCUGCAGAGAGCUGGGACCAAAGUAACAAAGCCUACCAUCAGUAACACACUACGCCGCCAGGGACUCAAAUCCUGCAGUGCCAGACGUGUCCCCCUGCUUAAGCCAGUACAUGUCCAGGCCCGUCUGAAGUUUGCUAGAGUGCAUUUGGAUGAUCCAGAAGAGGAUUGGGAGAAUGUCAUAUGGUCAGAUGAAACCAAAAUAUAACCUUUUGGUAAAAACUCAACUCGUCGUGUUUGGAGGACAAAGAAUGCUGAGUUGCAUCCAAAGAACACCAUACCUACUGUGAAGCAUGGGGGUGGAAACAUCAUGCUUUGGGGCUGUUUUUCUGCAAAGGGACCAGGACGACCGAUCCGUGUAAAGGAAAUAAUGAAUGGGGCCAUGUAUCGUGAGAUUUUGAGUGAAAACCUCCUUCCAUCAGCAAGGGCAUUGAAGAUGAAACGUGGCUGGGUCUUUCAGCAUGACAAUGAUCCCAAACACACCGCCCGGGCAAUGAAGGAGUGGCAUUUCAAGGUCCUGGAGUGGCCUAGCCAGUCUCCAGAUCCCAACCCCAUAGAAAAUCUUUGGAGGGAGUUGAAAGUCCGUGUUGCCCAGCGACAGACCCAAAACAUCACUGCUCUAGAGGAGAUCUGCAUGGAGGAAUGGGCCAAAAUACCAGCAACAGUGUGUGAAAACCUUGUGAAGACUUACAGAAAACGUUUGACCUGUCAUUGCCAACAAAGGGUAUAUAACAAAGUAUUGAGAAACUUUUGUUAUUGACCAAAUACUUAUUUUCCACCAUAAUUUGCAAAUAAAUUCAUUAAAAAUCCUACAAUGUGAUUUUCUGUAAUUUUUUUUCCUCAUUUUGUCUGUCAUUGUUGACGUGUAUCUAUGAUGAAAAUUACAGGCCUCUCUCGUUUUUUUAAGUGGGAGAACUUCCACAAUUGGUGGCUGACUAAAUACUUCCCCCCCCCCCCCCCCCCCCACUGUAUGUGGAGGCAGACAUGGUCAGGAUGUGUAGUGCCAGUUUGUUGAGAACAGGGACAUCAACUGAAGGCACCAUCUUUCCCCAGAAAGUGACAGGGUCACAAUCGCCAGCCUGCUCUUUCAAAGCCACAUUUUGUUGCAGCUCAAUCAACUUCAUUUGCAGUGAUGCAACAUCUACCCAUUUUGAAGAUCUGUUUUGCUUCUUCUGACAACUUUGUCACAUUUAUGACCAAGGAGGGGUUCUGGAUGAGCAGCAGCAUUUCUCUCCCAACAGUGAAGUCAUCAAAGCGAGCCUUGAAGUUAUCCAUCAGCUUCUGGAUGAAAUCAACAUGGUUGGGAACAUCAUUGUCUCCCUGCGUUUGCAUCAGAAGAUUGGGGAAGUGGACAAGUUCUCCUUGGAGAUCAUUCUUGAAAGCUCAAAUUUCUUCUAGAAAGCCUGAACUGCUGUUAGCAUAUCACACACUGUGCAACUGUUUCCAUCUUCUCAUCUUCCAAAAACACAGAAAACUGAGUUGCCUUGUCACUCUUUUCCUCUGAUAAGAAAGCUUUGAUUUCCUCUUGAAUGGCCCAAAAGCGUUCCAAAACCCUGCCUUUGCUGAGCCAUCUGUCAUUGUUGUGCAGUAGUAAGUCAUCAAAACUGGCAUUGGCCUCUGUCAGAAUGCCUCGUAGCAGGUGGUGUUGUAGGGAUGAUGUUGAUCAGUUUCAUCAUCGUUGUCAUGACCUCGGAAUAUUGCUUUCCCAGACUGGCACACAGGACAGAUUGAUGGAUGAUGCAGUGAUAUGAUGUCAGGUCAGGGUGGUCCUAUUUCAAAUGUGCAACCAGUCCCCUCCCUCUUCCUAUCAUGGCUGGAGCUCCAUCUUUGGUGAUGGAGACCACUGACUUCAGAUCUAUCCCCCUUUUUGUCAGCAUCCCUUUGAUGGCCUCAUGGAUAUCCUCUCCCCGUGUGUGUGCUUCUAGAUUAGUUGAGCCAGCCCAACAGCUCCUCACAGAAUUCCUUCUUUGUUUCGUUAUAAAAUCUGACACACCAGAAGCUGUGCAUUAUCAGUGUUAUCUGUUGAUUCAUCCACAGCUAAUGAAAUGCAUGGUGCAUUCUGAAUGGCCUCAUCAAGUUGUGAAGUGAAAUCUUCCGCUAAUAUUUCAGUUCUCCUCAUUGCUGUGGAAUCUGACAGUGGGAACUGUUUGAUAUUUUCCCUGAGCUCAUCUUUCUGUUUACCUUCCAGCAAGGUUUCAGUAACUUCACACAUGCAUUAUUUUACCAUCUCAGUGUCAGAUUUGUUUUUUGGUGUUUUUUCCCAAAACCCAAGCUAUCCUCAGUGAACACUGCACGUUGUUGGGCUGUCAGGUAAUUGACAAGGACUUUGGUGGACCUCUCAUAUUGGGAUUUGAGUUGGUUAAUUUUGUUUGUUCUCACCUGCGUGUUCAGGGGAUACAUCUGAUCGAAUUUACUAUGCCUUGUGUCAUAAUGGCACUUAACAUUGUCACUUUUCACGAGAGCUACGGACUGGCUGCAUAUCAGGUACAUUGGUUUUGUGUUAGUUGCGGGGAGAAUGAAUACUGUUCCGUCCACUCGUCUUUGAAUAUACGGUUUUCAUAGUCAUGAUGAUUUUUUUAUCAAGCCGUAUUAACAAAGAUACUGGUAACUAAACUCAUAUCUGUGAUUAUUAACAGUUGAACCAUGGUCAAAUCUUUGUUUCUUUGAGUUUGAGUUUAUUUUUACAGGGACAGUGCACAUUAAUCAACGUUUCAGUAAAAGUGCCGGUUUUAGCCAGCCGGCUAAUUUUCAACCGCAGUCCCUGGGCAGGUUAUUAAAAACAAUUACAAUAUAGACAAUAACAACAUAGAACAAGACAUAGCAACAUAGGACAAACAAGACGUAGCAUACAGACAGAGCAACAUAGAACAAAAAGCAGCAAGACAAAAUUCAUAAAAGCAACAGUGUUUCCACACCUCACAAGUUACAGACAACAGACAUGGAAAGCGGCAACACACAGCUAGGGACCAUGUUCACAAAUCUGAUUGACCUUUAGCCAUGUCUUCAAGCAUUUUGUGAAAGUGUGAUAUGUGGUGCAGUUAUGUGUGUCUGAUGGCAGUGUAUUCCAGACAUGGGAAGCUCUCACAGAAAAAGCGGAUUUACUAAAGGUGCUUUUCCUUAGGGGAACUACACAGUCACCUCUCAUGGCAGACCUUGUGGAUCUGCUGCCAUAUGUUUGGGUUUUCUGUUUAACAAAAAUACUGAGUGGAGGGGGAGCCAAGCCAUUUAGGAUCUUGAAUACAAGACAUGCAUCGGUGUAUUGCACAAGAUUUUCCCAAUUUAGGAGCUCAUGCUUUCUAAGGAUGUGACAGUGAUGAUGGCUAUUGGGCUUCCUAUCAAGCACUUUGAGAGCCUGUUUGUAGACAGACUGAAUAGGUCUUACUGUUGUACAGCAAGCUUGGGCCCAACUAGCCAAACAGUAUGUUAAGUGGGGGAGUAUCAUAGAUUUGAAGUACAGUUUUGCAACCUCUGUAGUCAAACAAUUUCGUAUAAAUCGGAAAUUAGCUAGGUUGAAUUUUGGUUAUUUGAAUGACCUUUUUCACAUGCUUUUUAAAAGAGAGGUUGGAAUCAAGUAUGAUGCCAUGGUACUUAAAAUCAGAUACCCCCUGGAGCUUCUCCCCUGACACAUAGACUUCUGGCUCAGUAGCAUCUGUUGCCCUCUUUGUGAAGAACAUGCAAACAGUUUUUUUCACAUUGAGAUGCAAACACGAGUCACUGAGCCACUUUGUAACCUGGACCAUUACAGUAGUGAGUUCUUGUGCAGCUUGUUGUUUGCUCUUUGCAUGCACAUAUAUCACUGUAUCAUCUGCAUACAUUUGAACUUCAGACCCAGUACAGACAGAAGGCAGAUCAUUAAUGUACAGGCUGAACAGGAGGGGCCCCAGUAUUGACCCUUGGGGCACACCCACAUCAUAGCUAAGAGUGGGCGACAGCCACAUCAUAGCCUCCUUGUUCCAAGGUUCCGCAGAGGAUAAUUGUGAAGGAUAUUUGAGGAUAUUGAUGUGAUUGGGUAAGACGCGGCCUCUUGUAUUUGCAUAUAACCAUGCAAUUGGAUUAGAUUGGGCACUAGUAGAGGUGGCUGUUGCUUUGAGAGAGCGAGAAAGAGAGGUUACUGAGUUAAAGAGACCGCUGCGCCAGGUAGAUUUUUAAAAAGCUGUCUAAACAUAAUUUAUUGACUUUUCUAUAACAAAAUGCGAUGUUGUCCGGCCCGGAUUGAACCUUCCUCUGGGUCCGGACCGCGGCCCGCCAGUUGAGUUUGGCUAGUCUAUUAAUUGUCCAAACACACGGCUGCUUUCCCACUCUAUAUUGCUAUAGAAUGUUCACAAAUGCCUUACUAUACGUCAUUAACAAACACAAUGUAUUAAAACGCGAAAAUGACCAUAUCUAAUUACUCCAUUCUCAGAAAAUGUAAAAUAUAAAAAUAAAAGGCUUCAUAUUCUUCCUGGGGGUGUAUAUGAACAGAUUUUAAUAUGAUUUGAUGUUGCUAAAAUGCUGUCAGUUCCACAUAAAUAGACCAACAAGAGAGUUCCAAACCUCUGCCAAAACCAGCUAGUUUUCUGUUUUCCCCUCCCCACUCAUGCCACUCCCAGACAGUCAUAUCAGCAUUCUUGCUUGAGAAAUUGCUCUUUGCUAAGAAGCAACAAAAAAACGAAGAAGCUGUUUCUUUUUGACCAUUUUAAUUACAAACAAUCACAGUAAGGUACUUAAUUGUUACCUGAAAAUUAUUUGAUAUUGAGUUAAAAAUGGCUACACUUCCACAAUGCUUUGCUUAUGGUUUAAAAUGCUGUAGGCUGUUUUGUUAGUCAUACAUUAAAUUGAAGCUAUUUUAAAGACUGCAGCUUCUACUCUUGCAACAAGUCAACAUUUUAUGCUUACCUCGAAAAGCUGGCACCAGCCUUACCUAUUCUGAUUAGAGUUUCCCACACCAUCUGUUAGUCAUUUGUACAAUAAAAUGUAUUAAAAAUAAGUAGGCACUUUUUAAUGCUAAGCACUGCAAAACCACACAAUGAUGUGAUUAUGGUAUACAUUCUUUAAAAUAUCCUUUGUGUUAGAAAUGCUGGUCAGAGAUCUGAUCAGCACUCUUCAAUUCAAGCUCAGUCGAUAUAGGGCAGCCCACCGAACACCUGUGCUAAUGUGAAGUAUUUGUCACGUCAUGUGCUUUUCCCAGAAGUGAAAACAAAGAAUCCCUAAACCCUAGUGACACACAUUUCAAUGUCACCUCAUGUUGAUAUUUCAUAAUUGAAAACAAAUGUUAUGUGUGUAGCUGGAUCUAUGCUGUGAUGAUGGAGUCUGCAUGAGGCAGGACUUCUGUCAAACUUUGAAAUCCAUAUCGACAAGUUUAUGCUGUUGUUGAGUCUGUUCGUAUGCUAUGAGCAGGCAGCAGAAUAAAUUAUAGCCAACUGGUUGACUAAUGGGAAAUGAAAAAUGAUGGCGUUAUUUGAAGGUAGGAUUGUUAGAAUUCAGCCCCGAGUUUCUUACAUUUCUUCCCUCCUGCCUCAGAUCAACCACGAGGUAACCAUGGGGAACAUGAUUCACCUCAUGUGCAGUGAUGCCUGCUUCAACCGUUUCCGCGCUACCAAGGGCCUGAAGACCAGCUGCUGUGACGCGUGUGGCACCUACAUCAACACCUUCACCUCCCGGGCUGAGUACCUACUGCAUGAGGGACAGCAGAGGAGGUUCUGCAACUCCUCGUGUCUCAGGCUGUAUAAGAUGGUGGGUGAAUCUCUCUUCUUGAAUGUACAGUCUUGUAAUAUUGAGUGAUAAGAGAGUGAUUUGUCUGCUUAGAGUGUUUAACAUCUGAACGGCUGCUGUGUUGUCUUUGAUUUCAGAAAAACACUAAGGUGCUCUCAUGCCAGUGGUGUAGGACUCUGUGUAAGAACUUUGACAUGCUGUCUAAAGUGGAUCAGUAUGGCAAGACCAGACACUUCUGUUCUUUGUGCUGUAUCGCCUCACAUAAAGUUAAAACGUCUGGGGACACAGGUACCUUCUACUCUCCUUGGCUUGUUUACUACUGUAUUAAUUCACCUUUUCUUAAUCUGAAUGUUUUGACAUGAUGUCUGACUGUGAAUGGCUCUUCACUACUACUACUACUAAUCUGUUUCUUUUCCAGUGCCCAGUGAAGCCUGCAGUUCCUGCAAAAGAAGCCCCUCUGAACCUUACUACUGUAAAACAAAUGAAGCCGUGUAUGUCUUCUGUAGCCCUAGCUGUUGGAGCAAAUUUCAGGUAGGAUAAACCCAUACCCUGAAUAGAGUUGGGACAACACUACAACCUACAGUGUUUAACCUCUUAAGGAUCGGACCCUUUUUUCCCCCAAUUUUCGCCUAAAAUGACAUACCCAAAUCUAACUGCCUGUAGCUCAGGACCUGAAGCAAGGAUAUGCAUAUUCUUGAUACUAUUUGAAAGGAAACACUUUGAAGUUUGUGGAAAUGUGAAAUUAAUGUUGGAGAAUAUAACACAUUAGAUCUGGUAAAAGAUAAUACAAACAAAAAAAUUUUUUUUAAUCAUCUUCGAAAUGCAAGAGAAAGGCCACAAUAUAAUAUUGCAGUUUAGGCGCAAUUUAGAUUUUGGCCACUCGACUGCAGCAGUGUGUGUGUGUGCAAAGUUUCAGAUUGAUCUAGUGAGCCAUUGCAAUACUGGACUAUUUUGUAUCAAGUCUGCCCAAAUGUGCCGAAUUGGUCAAUUGUUACUUUUUCAAGUACAUAACUAUAGAGAACAUGCAAAAAUGAUAUGGUAAUACAAAAUGUAAGUUUACACACUCCCAGGAAUGCCAUACAUGAUGGAUCAUUAGCUUAUACACUAACUUUCACACAUCUAGAUGGCCGGGCGGGGUGGGUGUGGCGCCAGAGACAGCAGAGGUUCAAACUGUAGAACCCAGUUCCUACAUUUGAAUAUAAAAAUGGAUUUUAUUAAACAAAACUAUGCUACAUUUUAUAUCUGGGACCCUUAGGAUGACAAAUCAGAGCAAGAUUACUGAAUGUAAGUACAUUAUUUACCUUCAGAGGUGAAUGUACCAAACCAGUUGCCUAAUGAUACGUUUUUUAUUGUUGUGCACUCUCCUCAAACAGCAUGGUAGUUUUUCACUGUAAUAGCUACUGUAACUUGGGACAGUGCAGUUAGAUUAACAAUAAUUUAAGCUUUCUGCCCAUAUAAGACAUGUCUAUGUCCUGGAAAGUUUGCUGUUACUUACAACAGUCAUGCUAAUCACAUUAGCGCACGUUAGCUCAACCGUCCCGUAUACGGGACACCGAUCCCGUAGAGGUUAAUCAUGCCUACUCUCAAAGAUUUGUAGAACAUUUUUGCAUUAAAACAUCGUCUGACAGAUGUUUAUACAACACUUUGUUAUUUUAUGUGCAUUUGUUUUAAACAUUUUUAAUGCCUCAGUUGUUCAACAACAACAACAAAAAAAUGAUUUUUGGUGAUGGAUUCUGAAAGUGAUAAAAAAGAAACAGUUAAUAUUUACAGUGUGAUGUACAGGCUUGGCCGUAGGUGCCUGUUAAGCAGAAAAAUGCUAGUUAAAAUGCACACCAAGCAGCUGCAGUGAGGAGCUCAGCCUCACUUCUGGAGCCCAUUAAAAUAAAAACUCAUCAUAAAGCUCUUUAGUGUGGAGAGGGUCACCCUUUGAAAGCUUUCGCCUUUAUUCUACAGAAAACCUAUGAAUUAGGGCUUGGUCUGUUUCUGCAAAACCCUCGCAAUAAAAUGUCUGAGAAUGGGCUGAGACAUUCUUGAGUCCCUCUUUGAUACUAGUCCUGUGAGGUAGUUUUUUUUUUGCCUUGGCUUAAUGUUUGCUGUUUAUUCUCUUCUUGUUAAAUCUCCAGUUUAAGAAAUAUACUCUUCUUCACAGAGCAACAGUCCCAAUGGAGACAUCUACUUCAACUGUCUCUCUUGUCAUAACAUGUUCAGUGGGGUACCAGAAAUCUUAGACUGGCAGGUAAUCCAAAUUUGCCUUUUACAUACUUGUUUUUUAGUUUACUAGUCUCAACAUUGUGGCAAAAAUGUUUUUUACGGCUGGUUUAGUGAAAACUGUUAUUUUAUCAAGACUACUUCAAUAAGAAGUACAUCCAUUAUUAUGUGUGGUCCUGUAUGGCUCAGUUGGUAGAGCAUGACGCUUGUUACACCAUGAUUGAAUAUAUUAUUUUGUUUGCUUUCAGGACUCAAUAUAUCAGUUCUGCUGUAAGGAGUGCUGUGAGGACUACAAGCGUCUGAAUGGUGUGGUUUCUGUGUGUGAGCACUGCAACCAAGAGAAACUGCUGCAUAAGAAGAUAAAGUUCUCUGGGGUGGAGAAGACCUUCUGCAGUGACGGUUAGGAUGAUGCAUGCAUUUCUGUGCGCAUUGUUAUAUGUAAUAGAUUGUUGGUUUACAUGGAAACACUUUCCUGUGCGUCUAGGCAGAGACUUAUGUUUGUCUGUUGUCUCUUUUUACCAAGGUUGCAUACUACUGUACAAGCAAGACUUUGCUCAACAACUGGGCCUGUGCUGUAUAACCUGUACAUACUGUUCUCAGACCUGCUCACGGGCAGUCACAGAGGAACAGGAUGGCAACACAUGGGACUUCUGCAGCAAAGAUUGUAAAAGCAAAUACCUCCUGUGGUACCUGAAAGUAUGUCCAAACAAUAACAAUUUCAUAUAUACACCAUGACCAUAUGACUGGCCCUGAAGUUUUAGAUGGCUGCCGGUACACAGGCUGCAUUCAGUUCACCCGCUUUCACUGUGCACAGUCUGUUGUAUGUGGUAAUAUAGACAUAUUUGUUUGAGGAAUGGUAGCUUCAGAAUGUAUGUGCUAAACUGCCAGAAUAUGGUUGUCAUGAUGUCAUACAUGACAGAAAUAAUCCAGAAUAUGCAUGAUUUGCGAUCAAAUUAUGUGUUAGCAGUGUCAUAUAUUACCAGGCUACAAUGUGUAUUUUGAGCUAUGUGUGUUCUCCUAGGAAGCACAGUGCCAUGCCUGCAAGCGUCAAGGGGAGCUCCUGGAGACCAUCCACUGGAGGGGAGAGAUCCAACACUACUGUGACCAGCCGUGCCUCCUGCACUUCUACAGCCAACAGAACCAGCCCAACCUAGACACCAAGCAGGGCCCUGGGAGCCUGCUCAGCAGUGCGUUAGCUUCACGUACACCAAUACAUGCAUGCAAACAAUACCCACACUUAGUUUUUCAUUAACCCAAUCCAUACAUGGGAAUAGUUUUUUCUAUGUGCGCUUUGUUGUAAUAUAAUCGUUCAACGUUUGAUUUUCACUGUUUAACAUAAUGUUACAGAGUUAGUGCUAUUGCUUUUGUGAUUUCCCUCAAAUCUGUAAAAUGUAAACAUAUGUUAGUCUCAGUAAUUGGCUAUUAAACUUCUAUAUGUUUACUGGACUUACAGGUCAUUCCCCAGAGUCUACACCUCCCCCUGUAGCUACAAAGACAAGUGAAGUAAGUGUGCUUUUUGACUUGAUGCUCUAAAAGGUGGGGGGGAAAUGCAACCGAAAGGACACAAAAAUGCAUUUGAUCAUGGCUUUUACCACACAAACAAACGUAUUCUCUGCUUGAAAAAAACUUCAUUGGAUUUUGAAAUAAAGCUAAGAGCUACUUUUCUCUAUAAAACUUAUGCUGAGUGAACGUCCAAAAAUUUAUUUUUGUCAAUUUUUCUGUUAUUUCAGGCCACAGGAAGAGGGCUGAAGAGGACUGUAGCCAAGCCUGCUCCUCCCUUCACUCUACCUCUCUCCCAAAGGAACAAAUCCUCCAUGUGUAAACCCAUGAUGGCCACUACUGGUGUCGCAUGUAAACCUGAGAUGAAGUCCCAGAGUUGCCAGACAGGUAAUGGCGAACGUAAACCCAUGUCCAUUUUUAUAGACUGGUUGGCUGACAACAUCACGAAAAUGAUGUGCCCGCAUCGAUGUGGCCGGAAGGCGUGCGUUAUGAUUCUGAACGAUCAGAUAGCUAGCAACAAUGACAAGAAGCUGCCAAGUGGGGAGUCGUAGGUGGCUCGUUUCAGACCAUUGUAGACUAUAUGACCAAAAGUAUGUGGACAUCUGCUUGUCGAACAUGUCAUUCUAAAAUCAUGGACAUUAAUAUGGAGUUGGUCCCCCUUUUGCUGCUAUAACAACCUCCACUCUUCUGGGAAGGCUUUCCACUAGAUGUUGGAACAUUGCUGCGGGGACUUGCUUCCAUUCAGCCACAAGAGCAUUAGUGAGGUCGGGCACUGAUGUUGGGCGAUUAGGCCUGGCUCGCAGUUGGCGUUCCAAUUCAUCCCAAAGGUGUUAGAUUGGGUUGAGGUCAGGGCUCUGUGCAGACCAGUCAAGUUCUUCCACACAGAUUUCAACAAACCAUUUCUGUAUGGACCUCGCUUUGUGCAUGGGGGCAUUGUCAUGCUGAAACGGGAAAGGGCCUUCCCCAAACUGUUGCCACAAAGUUGGAAGCACAUAAUUGUCUCUGUAGCGUUAAGAUUUCCCUGGAACUAAGGGGCCUAGCCUGAACCAUGGAAAAACAGCCCCAGACCAUUAUACCUCCUCCACCAAACUUUACAGUUGGCACUUUGCAUUCGGGCAGGUAGUGUUCUCCUGGCAUCCGCCAAACCCAGAUUUGUCCGUCAGACUGCCAGAUGGUGAAGCGUGAUUCAUCACUCCAGAGUCCAAUGGCGGCAAGCUUUACACCACUCCAGCCGAUGCUUGGCAUUGCACAUGGUGAUCUUAGGUAUGUGCGUGUGGCAGCUCGGCCAUGGAAACCCAUUUCAUGAAGCUCCCAACAAACGGUUAUUGUGCUGACGUUGCUUCCAGAGGCAGUUUGGAACUCUAGUGAGUGUUGCAACCGAGGACAGAUGAUUUUUACACGCUUCAGCAGUUGGCAGUCCCGUUCUGUGAGCUUGUGUAGCCUACCACUUCGUGGCUGAGCCGUUGUUGCUCCUAGAAGUUUCCACUUCACAAUUACAGCACUUACAGUUGACCGGGGCAGCUCUAGCAGGGCAGAAAUUUGACGAACUGACUUGUUGGAAAGGUGGCAUCCUAUGACGGUGCCACGUUGUAAGUAACUGAGCUCUUCAGUAAGGCCAUUCUACUGCCAAUGUUUGUCUAUGGAGAUUGCAUGGCUGUGUGCUCGAUUUUAUACACUUGUCAGCAACGGGUGUGGCUGAAAUAGCCAAAUCCACUAAAUUAAAGGGGUGUCCACAUACUUCUGUAUAUAUAGUGUAUCUUAUUGAUAACAUGUCUUGUUUUGACUGAUGUAGUGUCUAUUCUAAUAUGGCUAAAAUUCUCUAGCUCGCUAACCAACAACUGUAACGAUGUAGUUGAGACAACAAGUGCUCAUUGCAAAUGUAUGUUUUCAAUAAACAUUUGGACACUAAAUAUAGUUUAUAUAGUCAAUUCUAAGCCAACCCUGUCUGUUUUGCCCCAUAGUUGCUCACACAUCACUUUUGUUUCUAAACAACCAACCUGUCUAUGGGACUCACUGGUUAGUCUAACACUAUAUUUAAUAUUAUUUCAUAUGUGUUUAAUAUUUUAGUUAUUUUCUUUAAGAAUCAAUAGGUCUGUAUCAUUGAUUUAUAAGUCCAAAAAUGGAUGUAGCAACUAAGGAUUCGCGUUUUAAACAAAACAUCCCUAUUCGUAUGCUAAGAGCUUUAUGUUAAAUCAGGCCAACAAUUAUAAUUAGCAAUUGCAAAAAAAGCACCUUCAUGGUUUUAAUAAAUAUUGUCUGUUUCAGAUGAUUUCUUGCAGUCCCCACCUGUGGUGUUGCCUGUCCCUGUGCCUGUGUUUGUUCCUGUACCUUUGAAUAUGUACUGUCAGUACACUCCCAUACCAAUGGCCCUGCCGCUGCCGGUGAGUUGGUUUUGUCUAGGACCUGUUGAGUAUUGUGCAAAAUUUACUCUAGGCUUAUCGUCAUUAAUUUCGAGUCUAGAGUAACUCUUAGUUUCCACCCAAACUUGUUCCUUAUGGGUGCCUACACACUGCUGCAAUAAUGUCUGGUUCUCUAGAGGGACUGUCUGCUUAUUGUUUUGCUCUUUAUUCUCUGUUAGCUCCCUGUCCCCAUGUUCCUACCUGUCACACUGGAUCAUAUCGAUAAACUUGUGGAAUACAUAAAUGACCUGAAACUGCAGAUCCCGUCUGAUCCACUGGAGGCUGACAUUCUGGCCAUGGCAGACAUGAUAGCAGAGGAGAAUAAAGGCAAGGGCUCCUCGGCUCUCUCUCUCUCUUCUUAGUCAACUUGCCAUUGGUAUUCUAUAUAUAAUUAUUGUAACUAUAUGAUGGUUAUAUGUGUUUAUUUAGAUCUGGACAGUGAUCAGAGGGACUGCAGCUUAUUUGAUUCUACAUCCCAAGAUGACAUCCUCUCCAUGGCUGUCAAUAUGGCUGAUGUACUGACUGAGCCAGGCCAAGACCCAGUAGAUGAGCUCACCAAAGGUAGGUUCAAGCUUUAUAAUAUGCAAUGUCUAAUGCAGGGGUAUCCAACAGGUCAAUCGUGAGCUACCAGUAGCUCGCAGCCCACCUGUGAGUAGCUCGCCAAACAAUUCUGAAAGUACAUGCAUUUUUCAUGUGUUCCACCGCAAACUGUCAUAAACAAAUCUCACAAGUAUCAAGACACCGCAAGCUCCUUGCUACUAUCAAUGCAACAUUUACAUUAUCCCACCCCUGGUGAGCCGCUAUUUGCUUAAAAAGACAAACCUAACACAAUACCUGCCAAUUAAUUUCUAGCAAUAUUGCCACUGUCUGUGUGGUGCAUGCGUUUGUCUAUCACUCAGUGUGUAGCCAGUUGAUGUGAUACCGUCUUGAGGGUUGAACAAAAUACUUUCCCCAAAACCUUCUCAAUUAAAUGUUAACUGCAGAGCAGGCUUACCUGGCAGAAAUAUAUCAUGAGUAAGUAUGUCAUUUGUAUUUGUUAUUUGCAAACUUUGCCAUGAAAUGAGCAGCAGCCGUACAGAACCAUCCUAGACCGGCACAUUCCUCACUCGCUAGAUGCGCAAUUAAAGGGCCAGAUGCGCAAUUACACUCAAUCCAAAUGUAUUACUUUUCUUCCAGACCUAAAAAUGUUCUUCUGAUGUGAUUUAAGCAUUGACAUGGACUCCGAACAUCCAUUUCAUUGUUUUCUUUGAACAAUUGUAAUUUUCAGAGUGAAAACAAAAAAAUAUAUAAAACCAGGAAAAAGGAAACUGAGAGAACAUAAUUUGGGAAAGUAUAAAACAGAAUUUGUAGAUUUGUAUAGGACAGACACUUCAAAACCUUAUUCAUUAUGAUUCUUUUUUUGGCUGUCCUUUUUGCCAUUUAUGAAUGUGUUAUUCAAUGUGUUUCUCUGGGCUAUAGUAGUAAAGGCCAAAUUCAAUAUUUUAUCAAAUAGAUUUUUGAUUAAAAAAAUUAUUCCUAAAGGGGUCUCAAAAUUCCGAAUCCAAUAGCUAAAUUAUCCAUGUUUUGACCGUCUUAAAAACAAUUCCAUAUGUUAGCUUAGUAGAACCCCGCCCCCACGACUUACAGGACCUGGGGAAGAGUUGCAGGGGAGGAGAGAACAAUGUGCCUAUUUGAAAGCUAGGGGGAAAAAAUAGUAGCUUGCAACAUGUUUCAUUUUUUAAGUUGUUUUAAUGCUAUAAAAGGUUGAAGACCCCUGAUCUAAUGUGUAGUUUGCUUUGCCGUCUGAGAUGUGUAAACGUACACUAUAAUUGCACACACUCUCAACAGUCUAUGAUAUAUAUUUUGUGUCCCUUAUCAUUUGUGCUCUUUAGCUUCCCUGGACCUGAACCCCAAUGUUGAUUUCCUCUUUGACUGUGGGAUGCCGCCACAUGCUACUUCAACAGAGCAGAGCUCCGACGUCGCUGUUCAGAAGGUAUAAUUAAACACAGCCUACAAUACGUGUAUUCUGUCUGUCUUUUAUAGACCUUACUUUACUUUCAUUUUGUAUUGAAUUAAAUAGUGUCAGAAAAGCGUCAACUUAUGUGAGCGACACAGUGGAAUCACAUGGGAUAAAACUGGCACAAACAUGAGAUGUCUUAGUGUCAGACUUACCGGAGACCAGUGGUCAUGUUCUGCGUACUUAGACAGGUGCAACAGGGUCACAAAGGUGAAAUGGUUGAAAAACAAAUAUAUCCCUGGUGGAAGGCAGGAAGGCAUGGUCCCCAACACACGGCUCAUGUAACAUAAGGCAACAGUCACCAAACCUACAAGAUGGACUGCUUACUAAUGAAAAGUGUCCUUCUUAAAACGAGAUUAUUUGACAUAUAUACUGAGAAAUUUACUUUCGCGCUUUGGUGGUCUCUUGGACCAGACAACGUGUUAAUGAUCAUUCCACAUGUAGAAUUUAUGUAAUGGGUGCACUCGAAGAGAAUAUGAAUAACUAACUAACCAACUACAGUAACUAGCCCUUAACAGGUCAUAGCAGUGUGAUGUCUAAUAUAGGCUUUGUGUCACAGGGUCCCAAGCGUCAGGCCAUGUCAGAGAUGACCCUGCACGAUCCCCUGGACAGUCAGCCUCUCGGCGCUGGUUUGAACAGCUCCCUUGGGGUCAAAGCCUGGAGGUCAUGGGCCCAAAGCAAGCACUCGGACGCUGACUACAGAAAACGUAAAAUAUCUCUUGAAUGGAACUUUUAAAUGUACCCAUCUUUGAUAGUUCUCCUUUGAGUUUGAUAGAUCUCCUGUGAGUAAAAUGGGCAGUAAUGUUUCAAUGUAAUCCUGAUAAUAAAGUGCCUGUUAUUUUCUCCCAUAUAGAGAAACCAUUAGACCUUCUCUUGUGCAGUCCUGAGGAACUGAACCAUGGCCUGUCGCAGUUUGUCCAAGACAUUGUUCAUCCUAGAGGACCAUGCUACAAGCCUGACAGUGUAUUUUACCUCUGUCUAGGGAUUCAACAGGUCAAUCCCAAUUUCAUCAUGGUUUCAGUCUUGUAGUUAAUAUUUGCAACUUGUUGAAGAGUCCCUUAUUAAAAUCUUAAGUGAUUUUAUUUUUUAGAAAAUGUCUAUUUUGUUUACACGGUGUGUUCAACUUAAACAUUUGAUCACAGUGGUCUUGUAUAUUUUCCAGUAUCUCCUUGAGAACAACCGGAUGGUGAAUAUAUUCACAGACCAGUUAUAUGUCACCUUCGCUGAGGAGCUGAAUAAGAUUGUCAGCCAAUGGCUGCCUUCUAUGUCACCUAACGGUGAGUUCAUAUUUCUAUUUAUUUUCACACAUUUUGUGUAUGUGUUGUAUUUGGGGUGUAAAUAAUGUAUUUGUGUGUGUUUGGGUGCAGGUGCUCUCAGUUCUCGUGUCCUGGAGGAGCACCUGUGGGAGUGUAAACAGCUGGGUGUGUACUCUCCCUUUGUCCUGCUCAACACCCUCAUGUUCUUCAACACCAAGUACUUUGGUCUGACCACUGUGGAGCAGCACCUCCAGCUCUCCUUCUCUACAGUCACGCGCCAGGCCAAGAGGAGGUCUACACCACAUGGCAUGGUCAAGUCAUCUAGUGUCUGCUACCACCCCAAAUCACAUCACAAGAGAACAAGUAAAGGUGAGAGUUUGUGUGCCACUAGCUAGGUUUCCAUCUAAUUGAUGACAGAUUUUCAUGCGAAUAUUAUAACAUCCUCAUAGAGAAAAUAUACGCAUUUUCCCACCAGUGGUGUGUUUCCACCAAACAGACUUGUUGCAGAUAAGUCAGUGCGUGAUGACUUAGUGGGGGCUCCCGGGGGCUCCCGAGUGGCGCAGUGGUCUAAGGCACUACAUCUCAGUGCUUGAGGCGUCACUACAGACCCCCUGGUUCGAUUCCAGGCUGUAUCACAACCGGCCGUGAUUGGGAGUCUCAUAGGGCGACGCACAAUUGGCCCAGCGUCUUCCGGGUUUGGCCGGUGUAGGCCGUCAUUGUAAAUAAGAAUUUGUUCUUAACUGACUUGCCUAGUUAAAUAAAGGUAAAAAAUAAAUAAAAAUACAAUGUACUUUUUCGCUUAAGUUUUCAUGUACCGAAUAAAAAUCAAAAGUUCAAUGUGUUUCCAUCGAAUUUUCAACUCUGUGCCUACUCUGGUCUUGGCAUGUGCACUCUAGCCAACAGCUGGCAGAUACAGUGUGUGGGUAGGCUAGUCUACAUGGUGAGAUUAUUAUUAUUUGUCAAACGGCAGUCAAGCAUCGAUCAUCAUGUCACCAGAAUAAGACCCUCGAUAUUUAUUGGAAAGGAGCAUCAAGAUCGACGUGCACUUUCACCACCCUGUGAAAUUCAUCAUAACGUUGCGUGACUCCAAGUUUACUUCGAUAUGAUGGUUAUUAUAUCAAUAUUUACGCAUAAAUGAGUUUCCACCACAAUUUCUCGCAUAAUUCAUUAUACCGACAUAAAAAAGAUCCCACCAUGUCAAAUGGACAAAUGAUCUGUCAUCAUUUAUAAAAUUGUACCGAAACUACCUGUUUCCAUCACAGCUGUGGUGAUUAUUUUAUUGUUUUACAGUAUGACUUGACACGCUUAAAAACUGGAUGGGGAAAUGUGGUUAGUGUACCAAGUCACAUCACAACAUUAGCGUUCAUUUGUAUUUUCCAUGUCUGAGAUUGGUUUUGGUAGAAGAAAGCCCAGUGCAUGAGAAGUGUCAGUAUGCGCUGUAGCCCAAUGGAAGAUUGGCUAGUUGUCAUUCCCAGUAAUGAGAGAUUGGUUGCUUUGGGUCAUGGGUCAUGACCCCAGCCUGGGGGGGAAGCAGGUCACCUAUCUUGAGUUGUACCACCUUUCAGCUGAAUGACAGGGGGGCUGACCAGGGCUAGAAAAUGGAGUCAUUACAUGAAUAUCUACAACUAGGUGAAAUUAAAUCUUUGAGUUCAUAUUUAGAAUGUUUGAAAGUCUAGUAUAGAGUUAUGAGGUCCAGUUUAGUGGUAAGAAUGUAUUUUUCAAAACAUCCUAAAAAUACUGUACUUGUAGAUAUAAUAUGCUAUUCCCAACAAAACAUAUUUUCAACUCCAGUAAUUUAUAUAAUUUGGAUGUAUACUUGACCAAGGCGUGGUAGGGUCUUUGCCUUUAUCUGCUAAGGAAUGAUAGGAGUUGACAUGUCUUAAAGUAACUCUUAGAGCCUGGGUUUUUCUUAUCAUUAACUCCCCUUAUCACUACAGUGUUUUUAAAAUGCAAUUAGAUGAUGGUGAUGGGUAAUUCUCUUAGGCAGGGACCACCACUCCUAAACAUGGUGCAUCUGACCCCAAAGAGCUUCCAUUGAAGAUAAAUUAGUAAAAACCGUUAAACUAGCUUCCGGCGAUCAAAUAACAUGGUGCCAAUGAGUUGGACUGCCUGGAGUAUAACACUGCAAUGCCUGUGAAAUUGUCCUGGUGCCAGUUGUUUAUUUAUAACAUAUAGACUAGCCUAGACCCACACCUCCAUCCUACUCAGUGUUUCUCUGUUUACUGGCAUGUUCUGACUGAAACAUAAUCACGUGUUUUAACGUAGGUCUAUUUUGAACUCGGCCCGACCAUUCUCUGGAUAUCAGUGUCACUAGCUAGAUUUCUCAGUGGCUUUGUAGGUCAGUUUGAAAUUGAUCAGUUUGGUACUAUUGUGGUUUUAUGCUGACGUAUAAAAUAAAUGAUUUUAGGGUGACAUCACCUGUUGACAGUUUGUGUUCUAUGAGUGCUUGUCUUAAAUAUUACAAAUAACAGUGAGAGACCUGUUGAUGUAGGAGAAGGAAGUUGUUUGCCCCCUUCCCCCCCGGUUGGUCCAUACUGCUAUUCUCAGUGUGUCGGACGGCUAUUUAUACCACAGAGUGGAGUUCUUUGAAGAGCUGCUCUCAGCAUGGGAGGUGUACCAUGGUAUGUGUCUUAGAACUGGCCCUGGCCAUACACACUACAAACACCAACCCCUGGCCUGUCACUGUUUGCCAAGGGAAAACCAGGAAGCUAAAAGGAGCUGUGGAGCAACUCGGAGUCGUGCAACAUGAUAUAUUAGUAGAGAAUCUCUGACUGAAUGUCUGAAAAGUGUUUUAGAUGUAGCUAGUGGCACAAUAAAUAAAGUCUAAAGUCCAUAUAUCAACGUUGGAUAAAACAUGUGGGCUUGUGACCUUCAUGAUAUCCAAAAGUACCUUUUUGUAGGAAAGACCAUUUCAAAAUAAUAUUCAUUUUAUUAACCUUUUAUAGUAUGAAAGACGGUGACAAAAAAAACUAAACUGUUCCCCAUAACUGUCUGGCCAUCAGCUUAAUCCGUUUAGCUUGGCCCUAACUGUAGCCAAGUGUUAAAAUAAACACCAAUGGGUCAGUCAGACAGUGAAGUGAGCCUGUACUCUGUUCUGUUUACACACAGAGGGCGGCUUGGGAAAGAGGAAACGGGAUGAGCCUUCUGAGCUGGAGCAACAAGAGAACCGGUUGAACCCUCUCAGAUGCCCCGUCAAAUUCUUUGAGUUCUACCUCUCCAAAUGGUAAGCAAUGUGGACUGGCCAGGUAUGCACAGCAGCGUUUAAAACGCCAGUUGAAGGCCUUGGACUAUCCCUGAAUUUGUUUAAUACAUUGGAAUGAAUAAAUUAAACCGUACAGUUUCCUUUCUUAGAUUCACAUAUGGUGUCUGUCUUUGUGUUCUUACAGCUCUGAUGGUGUGCGGAGCAGCUGCAGUGCAUUCUACCUGCAGCCGGAGAGCACAUGUAUGGCUGAGAGUCCUCGCUGGUAUUCUGACAUCCCCAUGGACAAGGGCAGGCUGGGAAUUAUGCUCAACAGGAUCCUGGCUCUCAAGGAUGUCUAUGAUGAGCACCCGGGACAGGGAGACAUGGACUGAAAGCCACGCAACAAGUUUAUAUAGUGUACAUUGCUGAUGUGGAAGCCGCUAGCACAAGGGAUGACGGGCAUAAGUUACUUUUUCAAUUUUUUUAUUUAGUCAUUUAGACGCUCUUAUCCAGAGUGACU